AUGGCAGAGGCAACUUCUCUGAAGAAUGAACUGAGCCAAAUCACCAUAAUGCGUAACAAGCCACCAACAGUUCAUCGCAGUCACAGAUGGAAUAAUGAUGUCAGGAUAGUUAACCUUCCAUCGCUUAAAAAUCACGUGGAGACGUUAAUAGAUUGGUUAAAAGAAGAGAGAUUUAAGAGAAUUUACGUCAGGGGUCCUCUGGGAAUAGGGAAAACAACAAUAAUGAAAAUUGUGUACAACAAUGUCUAUGAAUACCGUCAGUUCGACUAUACCUUUCGUGUGACUCUAACAGAUGAAAGCAGAAUAUCGAGAGACAUACAAGAAGUAAUUUGGAACUGUUUAGGCAUGAGAAUGGACGAAAAUGACCAUCUUGAUCAAAGAGCUGCGGUGAUAUCUGAGAAGCUUAAGGAAAAAAAUGUGUUGUUUCUUGAUGAAGUUUCUUCGGUGGUUAAUCUUGAAGAAGUUGGGAUCAAACGUAAUCAUGAGCAUGGGAAGGUGGUGUUUGCAUGCAGAGACAAAUAUGAUGGUCACAUUGAUUCGGAUAUGAUCGUGCAGAGACUGUGCAAAAAGGAUGCUAGAAAGUUGUUUUGGGAAUCAGUUGGUUCAGAUCUUGAGAAGAAACGAGAAAUCAAACGAACUGCAGAACAAAUUAUCGAUUUGUGUGGUGGCAUGCCGUCUAUACUCAGUUUAAUAGGAAAACAACUGGAAAGAAAAGACAUUGCACAAUGGCGGGAUAUGAAGCGCAACAGUAAGCAACCAUGGCAAGAGUUGGAAGAAUAUUACCGGUCAUUGAAACUUGUCUAUAACAGGUUUACUGAAGCUGAUUAUAAGCGUUGUUUACUGUAUUGGGCUAUUUUUCCUUUCAGUGAAGAAAUUAAUCGAGAUUAUAUAAUUGAUUGCUGGACAGCAGAGCAGUUUUUGGAAUGCCAAAGGCUGGGAAAGCUCGUGACGAGGGCAUACUAUACUAGAUAG